AUGACCGCAGCUUACAGAGCUUUAGUUGAUGUUCAAAGUUUGUCCUGUACGCCCGUUCUGCCCCCACGUCGCGGCUCCUUCUACGUGGAGAGCGGCACCGGGGUGUCAGUGGGCAGCGUCUUGGCCUUCUGGUGCCGCGGAGGCUACCAGCUGGUGGGCAAUGACAAAAUCGACUGCAACGUCCGCAACGGGAAAGCGCAGUGGAGCAACUACCUGCCCGUUUGUGAGGCAAUCCCCAGGCCGGAGGACCGCGGGUUGAGAGUGGCCGUGUUGGCGUCGGUGGUGAGCGGCGUUGUCAUCCUCGCCAUGUCGCUCUCCUUCCUGGUCUGCUGCCUGCAGGAACAAUCCAGCAAGAAAAAAGCCAAAAAAGAAGAGGGGUGGGUGAGGAUGAGAGAAGGAAAGCGAUCAGCCCGUCGCAGCGAGCGAUGGUUGGACAGAGAAGACGGGGAGUGGGAGGGCUUCCCCCCUCCCAAGAUCUUCCACCUGUCCCAGAGGAUGAACCCCCGACUGGCACCGGACAGCCCGCUCUACCUGACCGGAGGCCUCGGCGGAUACGAGAACCGAGGAUAUCAGAGGAGUCAGGAAAGUCUUCUAAAGGCCGGCCCUCCUGGUCUCUACCGCUCCGAGUCCCAGCUCUACCCGCAAGUGGUCCUCCAGAGGGUCCUGCCCCCGACUGCCCCCUCGGCGCCAUCCGCACCCUCGGCCCCGCUCUACCUGCACCUCCCCACCUCGUCCUCUUCUUCCACGCCGGCCCACGCGACCGCCCACUCACAGGCGCACCUCAUGGGGCAGUACCCCACGCCUACGUACCCGCCCAAUCCGAACACGUCGGUGCCGCCGUUCCACCGACCCGUCCCGGCGCCCAUCUACCCCAACCCCAACCCGAGGCCGCAGCAGCCUUGGCAGUGA